AUGAAGCUUGUGCUGCUGCUUGCGCUGCUCACAGUCUCUGAAUGUGACAGCAUGAGGGUCAAAGGUCAAACAGGUCAGAACGUCACUAUGCCCUGUAAAUAUGACAAGAAAUACCACGGCGCUCUGUCAGUGUGCUGGCAGCGAGGAGAAAUACCAACCAGAGGCUGCUCCAAUCAGCUGAUCUCCACAGAUGGAGAUAAAGUGGAAACCAGAACUUCCAGCAGGUAUCAGCUGCUGGGCCGACUGGAGGACGGAGAUGUUUCUCUAACCAUCGUAAACCUCACAGAGAGAGAUGCUGGACGAUACGGCUGCAGGGUGGAGAUUCCCGGCUGGUUCAACGAUGACAAACAUCACUUUGAUCUGAGCUUGGUCACAGGACUAACAGCUGGAGACUCAAUCACUCCUCAACAAACUGAAGUCACCGAAACAGAAGGAGAAUCUGUCAAACUCACAUGUAACUAUGAGACAGAUUAUUAUAAUAUCUACCUUCACUGGUACAGACAUCAUUCUGACAUCCUGGCUCCUCAGUUUAUACUCUUCAAAGGAGCCAAAGGAUACUCAA